CGUGGCCAUAAACCUUAGUAUAGAAGCGCAAUAACUUUUCUCCUCACCCCCACCGGUCAGCACUGUGUGCAUGCAGCUGAGUGUGCCCUCUGUCAAAAUUGGCUGCACGACGCCUGGAUUGCAACGAUGGGUAUUUUGGAGAAAAUUUCGGAAAUAGAGAAGGAAAUUUCUCGGACACAGAAAAACAAAGCCACAGAGUACCACCUGGGCUUGCUAAAGGCCAAGCUAGCCAAGUACAGAGCUCAGCUCCUAGAGCCCUCCAAAUCAGCGGGGGCCAAAGGCGAGGGCUUCGAUGUCAUGAAAUCAGGAGACGCUCGUGUUGCGCUCAUUGGGUUCCCCUCUGUUGGUAAGUCCACCUUCCUCAGCUUGAUGACCUCAACAGAAAGCGAAGCUGCGUCCUACGAGUUCACAACCCUCACCUGCAUACCAGGUGUUAUCGAGUACAAAGGGGCCAACAUCCAGCUGCUUGAUCUGCCAGGAAUCAUUGAGGGCGCCGCCCAAGGAAAGGGUCGGGGCCGACAAGUCAUCGCGGUUGCCAGGACAGCAGAUGUGGUCAUCAUGAUGCUGGACGCCACAAAAGGAGACGUGCAGAGAGAACUCCUAGAAAAAGAGUUGGAGUCAGUGGGCAUCAGACUUAACAGGAAUAAGCCAAAUAUUUAUUUCAAGCCUAAAAAAGGCGGCGGCCUCUCGUACAACUCGACCGUUCCUCUGACCCAGUGCUCGGAGAAGCUCGUUCAGCUCAUUCUCCACGAGUACAAAAUCUUUAAUGCAGAAGUGCUCUUCAGGGAGGACUGCACUCCAGACGAGUUCAUCGACGUCAUUGUUGGAAACCGAGUUUACAUGCCGUGCCUUUACGUGUACAACAAGGUGGAUCAGAUCUCCAUCGAGGAGGUGGACCGUCUGGCACACCGACCUCACAGCGUUGUCAUCAGCUGUGGAAUGAAGCUGAAUUUGGAUUAUCUCCUGGAGACGUUGUGGGAGUACUUGGCGCUUAUUUGCAUUUAUACAAAGAAAAGAGGAGAACGGCCGGACUUUAACGACGCCAUCAUCAUGAGAAGAGGAGCGUCGGUAGAGCAUGUGUGUCACAGUAUCCACAGAACCUUAGCCAGCCAGUUCAAAUAUGCCUUGGUGUGGGGAACCAGUACCAAGUACAGCCCUCAGAGGGUGGGCCUAACGCACAUCAUGGAGCAUGAGGACGUCAUCCAGGUCGUUAAGAAGUAAACCGCUUCCGAUUGGACGGAAGGUGACCCGUAUAAUAGUUAUACAGCAAAGACGAGAAACCACCCAAUCUUAUUUUGUAUAUGAAGUCUAAGAGUGGACAGAAGAAGACGGAGAAGGCUGUCGUGGGCCGUUUCUGGACACCACAUGUACGAUACAGUGAUUAAGAGAGAAAAACGAUGGAAAUAAACUCUAUAAAACAUUUUAAAAA